AUGCCGUUCAAGCCCAACAAAGCCCCGCUUGUCAAGGCGCUGUUUGUUAUCGUGCUCGUCGCUCGUUCGACCAUGUGGUUGGCGACGGCAGAUCUGUCACCAGAGAAUGCCCUACGCACCUUUCAGGCAUCGGGUACAUUGGAUAUGGAUCUGACACCUCAUGUCUCGAAACAGAAGAGGUACUUGAGGUCGGCCGCGGAUGUGACGACAACCAGCACUGGUGAGUUGAGAAGACUAGUUUCUGAUCUCUCGGGUCUUAAGGAAUUUGGAAACUCUCUUGGAAAACAGGCGGUAGCCUUCCCUGCUAGACUGCGUCGAAAUAUUUCAACGAUCUUCUCCACAAUAGUUCGAGAGAAAUUGUGGCUGUGGGUUAACAAACAAAAAGAACCUAAGGAGGCCUUCACAUCUCUGCAGCUCGACAAUGGAGAGAACCCAUUUGAAAACCCAAAGUUUUCCGUGUGGAAGUAUAUCGUCGAGAAAACCAAGCCCGAGCGAGAUGUGCCCAGAGAGAUGUUCAAUAUUAUGGUUAAAGCGUUGGGAGAUGAAGGUAUUCUGGCCAAAUUCUUAGCUCAAGCAAAAAGUUCAACCCAAUUCGAAGACACGGUUAACAGUCUUUACAACCAUCAGAUUGAGCAGUGGCUUCAAUAUGAUUAUUACACGCCGAAAAACGUUUACAAUCUUUUACAUCUCAAUAAAUAUGACAAGAUCGGAGAAGUACCUGGCCGUCCAGAAUUUAGCAUGUGGGCUGCAUUCAAUACUAGAAAGGAAUCGGUGGAAAAGGCUUUCGAGUUUCUUAAAGAACCAAAACGCAAGAUUAUCAAUCCUGAUCUGAUGAGGGCUUUAGCUAAAAUUGGCGAAGCCGAUGGCAACUAUGAAUUCGCUCAAGAUCUGUUAUACUUUCAGAUCCAGUACUUGAUAGAACAUCCUUAUUAUCGAAAAUCAUCCUUCAAACUUUUUAAGCUUCAAGGGGAGGGAACAUUAAAUCCAACUGAUCUGACUACGGAUCCGCUUGGAAGGCUUUGGGUUGACUACGUGUACAUGAGAGCACAGGACGAAGAUGGUUUUACUGGCUUGGGUGAAGUUUUUAAAAAACUUGAGUUGAGGGCUGGUCAUAAAGCAGCCGUAGCUGUGAUGAAAAUGGUGCACAAGGACGGUUAUUUCCUGAAAUCGCUGGAGAAGGAGAAGCCUAUCAAGGAAAAAGAAAAUUUUGAUUCGUUUCUGAUGGACCUUCAAGAAAAGAUGGCAAAUGAUCCCAAGUAA